AUAUAUAUAAAAAGAGAGUGGGGGGAAAGAGAAUGCGUAAAAAUAUUCAGUGCGAGACUACAGGAAAUUGUACGGAGUGAUCUCAAACAUUAAAAAUGCUCAUCAAAGUGAAGACCCUCACUGGCAAAGAGAUUGAAAUUGAUAUUGAACCAACAGAUAAGGUUGAAAGAAUAAAAGAACGAGUUGAAGAAAAAGAAGGCAUUCCCCCACCCCAACAACGGCUUAUUUUCAGCGGCAAACAGAUGAAUGAUGAAAAAACUGCAUUUGAUUACAAGGUGACUGGUGGAUCAGUUCUCCAUUUGGUAUUGGCAUUAAGAGGUGGUCGCCAUACAUUAAUUUGAUUAACAAAAUGCAUUCUUAUUAAUGGACUGAUAAUAUUUGAAAUUAUGGACAAUUCCUGUCCAUGGUUUCAUCAUGUUUUCUUUUUCUCCCUCCCAAUGUCUUUUUUUUUUUUUGUAUAAAACUUGAAAAAAAAAAACAAAUCAGAAAAAUUUAAGGUAUUUUGCUUUAUGACUUCUUA